UUGCGGUUUAAUAGAGUAAAACAUCAGUUACUUGCUCGCCAUAAAUGCGUUAAGAUCGUUUCGGUGUGUUCGGUCGGAAACUGUGAGAGAAUUGUGUGUUUCUGCUGUGUCCGUAAGAUCGGUUGUGAGUGGUUCUUUUUUCGUGAUUCAAUAAACAAAAACAAAAAAGGGGAUACCAAAUAAUAUCCAGAACAAAUUCUCGAUUAAAAAGCAUUUAUCGUUCUGCUCUAUUGUCAUAGAUUGAUUUAAUAUCGCGUCAGACGACACACUUCGAAACCAAGACACUCAAAGAUGGGUAAUCCAAAGUCAUUGUCUUACGACAGCAAUAAUAUGGCCGUCAUUGAUUUGGGCUCGGCAAUUAUUCGCAUGGAACCUGAUGAGCCCCCACAAUGGGCCUAUGAAAUUGCCCGCAAAGAGUUGCGAGAAACUCCGGAAGUUGCUGAGGAAGCCAUGGAAAAAUUAAAACAAAUGAUAUUGGCUGACACAAAUUUGUGCUUACCCACCGAUGACUUUUAUUUGAGAAUGUUCUUGAGACCCACACAUUAUUAUCCCGAGAGUGCCCUUAACAGAAUCACUCACUUCUAUAAUAUGCUGCAGAAAUAUGGCGAAGCCUGUCGCGAUAUUGUUCCAGCAAGAGUGCAGCAUGUCUUUAAUGCUGAACUACUCAAACUAUUGCCCAAUAGAGAUCAACAUGGACGUAGAAUCCUUGUAUUGGAUGUUGGCAAGAGAUGGAAACCUUCGGAGGUUAGCCUACUCGAUCUUUUUAGAGGCAUUCAAUUGGCUGUCUUGGGUGCUAUGGUUGAACCUUUGUCGCAAAUAUGUGGUGCCGUUGUCAUCAUCGAUGUUGAAGGCUUGCCCAUGGGUCACAUAAUGCAAUUUACACCACAUUUUGCCGCCAUGUUGUUGGAUUACAUACAAGAGUGCAUUUGUGUGCGUUUGAAAGCAGUGCAUAUUGUGAAUAAUUCGUAUAUUUUCAAUAUACUCUUUAAUAUCUUCAAACCUUUCAUCAGAGAGAAAUUGAGAAAGAGGAUCUUCUUCCACGGCAAGGACAUGAAAUCCUUGACUAAACAUAUAGAUGCCGCCGUCUUGCCUGUCCGUUAUGGAGGUUCUGCAACCUGGGACUUGCCUCCUGGCAAAUUGUUGGGAGAAUUUUUCAUGUCCUACACCCCAGAUUUUGAGAAAGCCGCCAGCUAUGGGUUUAAGGAGGGCUACAAAAUGAAAAAAUAAUUGAAACUUUCUCAAGCACACUGAAAACUUCUCCCUUGGGGUAUCAUUGUUUUUAGCUUAAGAUUUCAUAGCUCCUUUUUAUUAUUAUUAUUAUCAUCUUUAUACUGCAUAUGUAUAUUAUAAUUGUUAAUGUUAGUUUUGUAGUUCAUUAUCUUGUUGUGAUAUUAUUCGCAUUAAUGCCUUGUAUGCUAAAUGUGGCAUACACUUACAUUUCUAUAUUCACAAAAUGCCUUGUGUGGACAAAAUAAUGUUGAGAAACUAUUGA